AUGAGGACCAUUGUUUUGUUUUUAGGGCUCCUGGUGGCACCUCAGGCUGUUAUCCUCACUCGUCGCUUUGACAGUGAGAAAGUGUUUCGGGUGAGACUUCAGAAUGAAAACCAAGUCAGCCUCCUAAAGGAACUGGCCUCUUCAGUGCAGCCUGACUUCUGGCAUCCUCAUUCAGUUCAUCAAGUUGUCAUUGGAACAGAUGUGGAUUUCCGAGUCAAUUCAGAUCAAACAAGCUUUGUCCAGACGAUGCUGGAGCAGAACAAGAUACAAUAUGAAAUUUUAUUCCAUAAUCUACAAGAAGAGAUUGACAACCAAUUUGAUAGAGGGAGACAUUUCCACAAGAAGUACAGCUACACAAGAUACAAUGACUGGGAAAAGAUUGUUGCAUGGACUGACAGAAUGGCUAAAAAUCACCCCAAGCUGGUCUCCCGGAUCCAGAUUGGAAAGACCUAUGAGGAGCGUCCCAUGUACAUUCUUAAGGUUGGGAUGGAGAGUGGCAAAAAGAAGGCCAUCUUUAUGGACUGUGGUAUUCAUGCACGAGAGUGGAUCUCACCAGCCUUCUGCCAAUGGUUUGUAAAACAGGCUGUCAGAACAUAUGGAAAUGACGAUGUCAUGACAAAGCUAUUGGACAAUAUGAACUUCUAUGUCCUUCCUGUGUUCAACGUUGAUGGCUAUGUCUGGACAUGGACUAAAGAUCGCAUGUGGAGAAAGAAUCGUGCCAAGAACACCAACAGUGAUUGCAUUGGUACUGACCUGAACAGGAAUUUCAAUGCCUCUUGGGGCACUGAAAUCGAAGAGUACACACACGACCCUUGCGAAGAAAUAUACUGCGGUCCCUCUGCGGAGUCUGAGCCAGAAACAAAAGCAGUUACAAACUUCAUUCGUGACCACCUUGCCUCCAUCAAAGGAUACAUAAGCUUCCACUCUUACUCUGAGAUGUUGCUGUAUCCUUAUGGCUAUACGUACAGAAAAGUACCAAAUCAUGAUAAACUGAACGAAGUGGCGAAGGGUGCAGUGGAUGCCUUAUCUAGUCUCUAUAAUACACAGUAUGAAUAUGGGCAAAUUGCCUAUACAAUUUACCCUUGUUCCGGUUCCUCUAUAGACUGGGCUUACGAUGAGGGUGUUAAGUAUGCAUUUGGCUUUGAGCUUCGUGACCAUGGCCGAUAUGGGUUUCUUCUCCCAGAGUCAAAGAUAAGACCAACCUGUAAGGAGACGAUGCUGGCUGUCAAACACAUCGCCAAUUACAUCCUCAGCCCUGCUCCAUGAAAGCAUGUUCACAUUUGCUUACAAAAGGAAUGUUCUCCCCUCUGUCCUUACCAUUUCCCCUCCUUUUCUUUGAUCUAGUACCCUAUGGAAUUUUUCCCCACUGCUUUUUGUCAGUGGCUUGCUUCUUUUCCAUCAAGAUAGGCAGACUUCUUCUGUAACAUGGGGCAUGUCUAUACCUCCCGGCAAUCCGGGAGGGAGGGGGGAGAAUCUCACGAUAUGCUGAUCACGAGAUCCUCCCCCUGUGUUCACAUGCAGUGCGCGACGUCCAGGGAGGAAGGAGGACGUCGUGCCCACCAUUUUUAUUUUUAUUUUUAAAAAAGACACGUGCUGGAGUGCACCUGCGCUCCAGGCAAAAAAGAUUUUUUUUAAAAAAAAAAGCUCCAACCCCACUCCCCACCCUCAAUUGCCCUGGACUCUUCCCAUCCUGUCUCCUUCCCUCAGAUGACCCCCACUACUCAUGGGGAAGAGGGAAGAAGCCGGGACAUUUGACCACACCACUCGCGGUCCACGGGAUCAUCCCGGGACCACAGGAAAAACUGAGAAAAAAGGGUAUGGUGAUAUCCCGGGAAAAUGCAGGGAUCAUCCCUCCCUGCUCCCAGGAUCCCCUGUGCAUCAUGUGGACGCACAGGGACGAUCUCCGGGAUAUUGCCUGGUGUAGACAUGCCCAUGGAUACCUAAUCAGGUUUUGUUGUCUUCCCCUUUGCUACAGAGCAUCAGUAAAAAUAGUAUGAAAAAUAUCACCUGAGUCAAUCUUCCCAUUUGAUACUACAGUUGAGUUAUGCAUAUGCCAGGGCAGAAAUUCAAAUGUAGAAUUUGAAUUGUUGGCUACAAUGUACAUUUAAUUUAAGAUUGGUUUCCUUCCACUUUCUCUCCAACAUCAAUGAUGUUCACAAAUGAUGUGUUUUGGAGUUUAGUUAUCAUUUGGUUAGCCUGGCCAUCCUGGUUGUAACUUCCUAGCUGUCCCUGAAAAAUGAAAUGGCAAAAGCUUUGCCUUUGAGCACUC